AUGAUAAGGCAUGGACUGAAGAGGACGCUCCGAUCCCGCCCUCUGGCUCAACAGUCUGUCAACCAACACUUUCAACAAGGUUUUAUCGAAGGAUUUUCCUCAAGACACUUUUCCGCCUUGUCCAGCUUGGACUCCAAAGAUGCUUCGCACGUUGCCCAGUUCACACGAUCUAGUCCUCCUCCCCCUGAAGAUGAGAUGGUGGCUCGACCAAGUAUCAACCGAUUAUGUCGACCACAUGCAUUUCAAAGAACACAGGUCCGUUUUCGACGGCACGACCGUGCCUCGGCAUUUUCCAAACCACGCCCAAAGACAAGAAAACAACGACAGACUUACAAUCGACGAAUGAAGAAGAUACAAGAAAAAGUGGAUCUGCAGAGUCCCCCAGGUUCCAAGGCGGGUCCCCGACGACAAUGGAUCAAGGAACGAAAACAACAACUCUUGGAAGCGGGUACUGAAACUGAAUUGCUGGACUUGGACACGGAAAUGGAAUAUGGAUACGAGGACGCCUUGAUAGAAGAUAUCAUGGGAAACACUGCCCAUUUGACGAGUCAACCAACCCCUGAACCAGUGUACAUGGGAAACCGAUACACCAAAUAUUUCCACGAGGUUUCCAAAAAAAUGGAUCAAUAUCGGAGCACGAUUGAUGCACAAUCCACUGGCGAAUCGGAACUUUUAGACCUUGAGAGCAUUCCAACAUUGCCAUCAGAUAAGGCGAUUUCCAAUCUACUGAGAGCCUAUCGGGAUGCCAACGGCACACGCAGCGCACCAAUUGGGAUUGCUCAAGCCUUGCAACAUUUGCUGGCCGACAUUGGGGUGCCCGUCGUUGCGUUUGGCGAAUACAGUUUCACGUCCUUGCUCACCUGUUGUCGGACUCCCAAGGAAGCGAGGCGCAUUUUCAAGCUCAUGAGAGAUAGUCAGCAUCCCAUUUCGGCCUUUAGCUGGUCUAUUCUAGUGGACAUUCACGCCAAAAUGGGAGACUUUGAGGGAUGUGUCGAAGUGAUUAAAGAAAUGGCGGCCGAAGGCGUGGUUCCCACACAAGCGGCGUACACUUCACUUCUAGCGGCUUGUUACAAGGUAUGUAGCGAUGGUCGUAUUCCGCAUUCCGUCCGAGCCAAGGCUGGAAAGGUCGGAUGGGACCAUUGGCAACAAAUGAGAAUUGUUGGAAUUGAAGCCGACGCCAUGGCCUUUGGUGCCAUCAUUCGCCUCUGCGCCGCUCGAGGCCAACCCGAACGAGCGAUCAACCUAUUGGAAGAAAUGCAACGGUUUGAUGUCAAACCGACCACCCUUUGCUUUUCUAGUGCUUUGCGAGCGGUGGCCAAGAGUCAUGAAAUUGGAACCCGCUUCGAGAAUGGGUGGUCCCAGAAACAACUACGGCGAGAGUCUUUUGCAGCACACCAUGGAAACAUGGCGCGAGCCAUUGUAAUCAUGGCCGAAUCAGUGGAAGUGGAGAUAGACGAUGGAUUCACAUCUGCUCUCAUGUUAUGUGGCGCUGCUGCAGGUGACUCGGCCACGGCCAAGGCAGUCUUUUUGGCGUCAGAAGUUCGCAAGAUGGACAAUCUUCGUACCAUAGGCGGCCAAUCAAACCUCGCUAGACUAGAAGAUGGUUCAGAUGUCACACAGCAGGGCUAUGAAGCAACAAGCGAAUGGGAUAUGGAGAGCAGGGGUCUUUCUCCUUCAACAAUUAGUGAUCAAACGUUAGCUGAAGCGCAAGCCAAUAGUGGUGUUAGUGCCUUUGGGGAGAGAGAAUAUGGAAAAGACACGAGAGCAAUCUCGGCGUUGCUACACUCCUGUGCUAAAGCAAUGAAUAGGAAUGGGGUUGGAACCAUGUGGGCAGGAUCACAGAAUCAAGGGUAUUUGUGCGAGAACUCGUUGCGCUUAAUCACAACAAGGUGGGAACCCAGCUACACAAAAAAGGACAUAGGAGAGAAUAGUACCGAAAUUGGUCUAAGCCAGCUUCGACGAUACGACGAGGAUCUUCGAGACGAGGAGCCACAGCCAGGCAAGCGCAAGAAGUUUAGAGGACUCUACAUUGAUGACGAUGCUGUUUUGACGAUGGAUGAUGUCAAUGAUUACGAGGAAGAUGAUGAGGUAGUUGAAUUUCUCGAACCACGUUCUGCUUCCGAGACUGACAGUCCUCAAAAGUUCGGCAUGGAGAUGCCUGGCCACGAACAGAAGCUAGAUAUUACUACGGAUGCUAUUGAGCGUCCAAUCGAAAAUAGUAUUGAGGACACAUUCGAUGACAUUUUCGACGAUAAUGACGACGGGUCAGACAUGUUUGACGCAUUCUACGCAGAGCUGCAGGAAGAAGUGAGAAAGGAGGGAAAUUCUCCUGACGAUUUAAGCCGAGAGGAAGCGCGGGAGCUUUUUGACUCGAUGCAAGAAGAAUUCUCAAACAUGUCAGAUGAUGACUUGGAACGUGCAAUGAUGAAUAACGCAGAGCUUGGGGACGAAGCGUUCUUUCAGCCGUCUGAGGGAGACAAUGAAAAGAAUGAAGAAGUUAACAAUGUUGUGUUUGAAGAGGAAGACGGUUCAGUCAGAAAUAAUGACGAAACACUCCAAACGACGGAUGGGGCAAGGGCCGAAGAUAUUGAAAGCCAAGAGCACGCAUCUAUUUCUCUCGAUGAGUCUCUUGACGAAGCAGCACUUGACGUUCGACAUCAAAUUGCUGAGCUUGAAGGUGUGAGCGAGGACGAUAAGUUGAAAUUGAUGCAACUCCAGGAGGCCCUUCCAGGGAUGCCAAUCAAUCGUCUGAGAAGAGUACUAAAUGCGUACAAGUCCACACUAAGCUAUCCGUCGCUAUUGUCUCUUGUCCCAAUUCUGCGCGAAAAAAUGCCAGAUCAUAUCUCUAUGGGAUACUUGCGGAGAAUGAACACAGCAACCGCUGAUUUUGCAUUUCAGAAGGCAGAGGAAGACAGAGUCGUGAACAAAGAACUUCUGAAUUCUAUGUUAUUGGUGAAGACCAACUCGGGCUCUCUAAACGAUGCUGUUGCCUUUCACUCCGACAUGUAUCGGAAACACAGAGUCAAGCCAACAGCAUAUAGUGACCGAUUGAUGCUACAGAUGUUGGUUGACAACAAUCGUCUGACCCGGGCGCUUGCCAAGAAACAGAGCAUCGAAGAUGAUGGCCGCACAAUCGAUAUUCCAUCGUAUGGAUCUUUCAUCGAAUACUAUGCACGGCGAAAGCAGCUAGGUUCUGCAAUGUUAUUCUUGAAGGAAUGCAUUCGUAAACAUGGAGCAGCACCUAGUCAGAAAUACUUGUCGAAUUUGCGAACCUUAGCGCGACAACUUGAUCUCGAGGAAGACCUAAUGCUCAACGACAUGAUUGGAAAGGAUCCAAUCGAAUGGUUGAAGCACGGGGAAAGGCAUCUGAAACGUGAGAUGACCAAGAAGGGACGUCGUAACGUUGUACUCACUUACAACAGGGCGCUAGCAUAG